AUGGUCGCCAAACGGAACCCUGGGUGGAACGGCACUCUCUUCACAAAGAAGGGUCGAGCGCCGCUCGGGGCAAUCUACUACUUCAUGAUAGUCUGGUCGGCGUGUGUCGUCGCGUUCUUCAGACACCACGUGAAUGUUACGCCCGACGUGGUGCUGGAGCCUUGGAUCAACAUGGAGGCAAUCCCGCUGUUGCUGAUCUCUGUGGGCCUGAUGUUUCUGGUUGUCUUCCCCACGCAGACAACCUACCUGAAGUGGAACCAGGCGAGGACCGCGUGGAGCCAGGUCAACGCGUCGUGCCGGGCGCUCGCGCUCCAGUCCUGCGUCUAUCCCCAAAGCAGUAGCCUUCCCCUCGGCGGGACCAGCGGGCCUGAAAGACCUGGACGCCGCCAGCUCGGUCUGCCCGCUAUACCUCGGUCGCGCGCUCGCGCUGCCCGUGCGGCUCCUGGCGGAGGCGGGAGCCCCUCGCCGAGGACCUCGUGA